AAAAGUUUUUUUUUUAAUAUAGCAUUUGUUGUGGACCGUGGACGCCCCACGCCGAGGGAAAGAAGAUGGUAUUGCCCGCGCAGAGCGCCGCUCUCCUCGCUGCGGCCGUUGCCAUAGCCGCCGCCGCCUUCCUCCUCCCCCCGUCUUCCCGCCUCUCAUGGACGCCGCGGGGCCGCUUCGCCGACAUGAUCCUGGCCAACGCCACCAUCUACACCGCCGACCCCGCCCGCCCCUUCGCCGGCGCCAUGGCCGUCCGCGCCGGCCGCGUGCUCCGCGUCGGGGCCUACGAAUCCGUCAAGGAGCUCAAGGGUCGCCACACGCAUGAGUUGAAUCUCAGCGGGAACGUCGUGCUGCCGGGGUUCAUCGACUCCCAUGUGCACUUCAUCGAUGGCGGCCUGCAGAUAGCGAGGGUGCCACUUCGAGGGGUCAGAAGCAAAGAUGACUUCAUCAGCAGAGUCAAGGAAGCUACCAGAGAUAAACAUCCUGGACAGUGGAUUUUAGGAGGGGGUUGGAACAAUGAUGUUUGGGGAGGUGAUUUCCCGGCUGCUGCUUGGCUGGACGAUAUAUCACCUGAUAAUCCAGUCUGGCUCUCACGCAUGGAUGGUCAUAUGGGCAUAGCCAACUCAUUAGCUAUGAAGAUUGCUGGGAUUGACAAGACCACAAAUGAUCCAAUUGGUGGAACUAUCAUGAGAACAGCUGAAGGCGAGCCUACUGGUCUUCUGGUGGAUACUGCUAUGGUGCUUAUGUUUGAUGUUAUUGAAAAAGUUUCUAUCCAUGAAAGAAGGGAGGCACUUCUUAGAGCAAGUAGGCAUGCCCUAAUGAGGGGGGUGACUACUGUUGUUGAUGUUGGAAGUUACUUCCCUGGAGCCUCAGCUGAGAAAACAUGGCAAGAUUUUUCAGAUGUCUAUGAAUGGGCUCACUCUAUGCAAAAAAUGCUGAUCAGAGUAUGCUUAUUCUUCCCAAUGCCCACAUGGGCUCGUGUUUCUGAUCUUAUCAGUGAAAAUGGUCGAUCUUUUAGUCAAUGGAUCCAUCUAGGUGGUGUUAAAGCUUUUCUUGAUGGUUCUCUGGGUUCUUCAAGUGCAUUGUUCCAUGAGCCUUAUGAGGGUGAUCCUGGCAAUUAUGGUCUUCAAGUGACAGAUAUGGAUAGUCUUCUAAAUAGAACUUUAGAAUCUGACAAAUCUGGACUUCAGGUCGCAAUACAUGCGAUUGGGGAUAAAGCUAACGACAUGCUGCUGGAUAUGGUCGACAAGGUUGUUGAUUUGAAUGGAGUGAAGGACCGUAGAUUCCGGAUUGAGCAUGCUCAACAUCUUGCUCCAGGUGCAGCAAACCGCUUUGGCAAACAAGGUAUCAUCGCAUCGGUGCAGCCAGAUCAUCUAUUAGAUGAUGCCGACUUUGCCGCAAAGAAGAUUGGGUUUGACCGCGCACAGCGAAGUUCCUAUAAGUUUCGGUCACUGUUAGCUGGUGGCGCGCAGCUAGCUUUUGGUUCUGACUGGCCUGUUUCAGAUAUCAACCCCUUACAAGCGAUUCAAACCGCAAUCUCUCGUAAGCCUCCUGGAUGGGAGGUCCCCUGGAUCCCUGCAGAACGUUUGUCGCUCGAUGAAUCGCUGAAAGCGCAUACGAUAUCUGCUGCCUACGCCUGCUUCCUGGACCACGCCGUGGGCAGCCUCUCUCAAGGGAAAUACGCCGAUUUCGUGGUCCUGCCUUCCACUUCAUGGGACGCCUUCGCCAGCGAUCUACCAGCGCACGUCCUGGCCACUUAUGUGAGCGGCAAGCUGGCCUACCCGUGAAGCAUACCCAGAUCGGGUGGUGCUCGAAAGAAUCUUGUGAGAAGUUCUUCAGAUGCACCUAUGCCAUUGCCGUUGCGUAAUCGCCAUUGCUUGAGAAGGCAGUAUAUGUACGGUGUGUAGAAUUAGCAUAUACCAGCAUGGGUUGUUUUCUGUUCGUCUUGCCCAAUCUUAUCCUUGUUUUCUUUUUUGAAAUGUUCUAGGUAGGCAAAACUUGAACCAGCAACUUUUUGUUGCGACCUGGCCUAAAUAGAAGAGCUAGUGGCAAGAGCAACUUUGAAAUUUCCCCA